AUGGGCCCUGCACCUGCUCUAUGGACGGAGGCGAAGAUAGACUUCACAGUCACGCGAGAAUUUGUACUGAAGCAUGUGGACCCCAUCCUCCAUCAACGCCUGAACAGUAAGAUCGCAUUUGGCGAAGGAUUAACGGACGACACUUAUAUCGACUGGAUCUUACAACGAGGUCGCAGGCUCUUCUUAAUCCUAGUGGAAAUCGAGGUACCGAGUCGCAUAUUUCGCCUAGUGGAUGAGACAUAUGAUGAUUCAGAUCUCCCCUUCGACUCUAACAAGGCAGAACUCCUUCGGCUUUCUCCCGAUCGCGAAGACCUUUUCUUGAAUUGGAGAUUCGUUGAAAUUCAGAAUCGGUUCUUAGCGAGAGGAAUUGAAGCCGGACAGCAUAUUACAUACGAUGAAGAUGAAAUUAUACCAGUUGACGUUUGCAAGGAACGACCCGCCGUCGUGCUGUCUGAUAGACUGCCUGUUGAAAAGGUCUCUCUUCCUGGGAUUGAGAUCAAGGAAUACCUCCGCCUGAGGAUCGCGAUUGGCGAGGAUACUGCAUCUCACUUCCUAAGUGAGUCGGAUGUCCUGAGGGAGGUCAGGUCUUUAGAGCGCUUCUCUCAUGAACACAUUCUAUCAAUUUUUGGCACAUAUACAGCUGAGAGCACAGUCAAUGUGCUGUUCCACCUCCCUGAAUGCAACCUACGGUCGUUUAUCAAUGACAGACACACAUCCGCUUUGCGAAAGUUCUCAAAACUAGAGCAGAAAAGAUGGCUCGUGAAUUGGCCAAAUUGCUUAGCCAGCGGCCUCGCCUGGUUGCACGAGCAGGGCUACGCUCAUGGAGCUAUCCGACCAUCAAAUAUUCUUAUUGAUGCCAAAAUGCACAUAUACCUAGGCCUAUUCGAUGUUCACGACCUGCUUGUUGGCCUGAGAAAGGAGGAGUUUGCCGAAACAUACGAGUACGCUGCACCAGAGCAAUGGUCAAACCAACAUUGUACCUGGCAGCAACCUCCCGGCGGCACCAAGAACGCCUUAACCCGCACCGACAAUCUCUCCUUUUCUCCUCUGGCGCCGCAAAAGAGCUCGUACGAUUCACGAGGCAGACUUACUUCCUGGGGAUCCUCCUCUGACUUCUCGAGUGUCGGCCCAUCCAGGAAAAGAGCAUCCUAUGCACAUUCGACAUCAACUACCAGCACACAUGGAUCUAACCAAAGCGCAACCUUCUCAUCGCCUCCGCAAACUAUCCCUAACAAUUCCCAUUGUUACUCAGCUGAACAACUACCUUUGGCCUCUGACGUCUUCUCUCUGGCCGCCGUUAUUCUUGAUAUAGUUACUCAUUUAUGCAAGCGGAAGCAAUCAGCAUUUGCUCAGCAUCGCGGCUGUACGAGCCGGACAAAGGCAUCAGUCCGAUCUACGAACGAUACCUCUUUUCACCUGGAUCAAAAUACGCGACAGAUAUUUUCUUGGAUUUCUAUCCUUGAGAAGGAUGCCGCCAAACAAUCUGAAUCUUAUUUCCAUGCAGUCGACCCAAUAUUAGAGACUGCAAAGGAGAUGUUUGCCAGGGACCCUAAAUAUCGACCACGCGCUUCUUACGUUGCCGAUAAAUUUGCAAUGGCCAUAUUACAGAUUGACUUCGGCUCUACUCAACCGCACUGCCAGGUUAAGCAAUCCGGUGGUAUAAUUGGAAGCCUUCACUCCUUCGACAUGAGUGUAGAGAGCGAUAUACAAAUACCUCCUAUGCCAGCAUUCCCCGAAGAUUACAGCUGCUAUGCAAUCGAUGACAAGGCUAGUCAGGAUGGCAGUAGCCUUCCUAACACUACAUAUACUGAGUCCUCCGCACAACUUGGUGGUGCCGAAACUGAUGCCUACACCGGUCUCAGCAACGGCUCUAUUUCGCUUUACACAGAGGACUCCGUCGCGGGCUCCUCUUCCAUUUACGGUACUCCGUUGAAUAUAGCUACCCCUACCACACCUGCACCGCCUACUUUACAAAAACCAUGGAACGUGCAUAUUGUCAACAACAACGGAGGUGAGUUUGAUGAUAAGAGUAUGCACCCUGGCAAUGUCUCUGCUGAGAUAAUCGAUGAGAUGAUGGAAGAUUUGCACAUCCAAAGCCAGAAGAGCCUUCCACCACUCCCAGUCCCCACGUCCCACCCUUGGUAUGUACCCAGCCGGGUAUCAUCAUUAUUUAACUCGAAGCCCACGACUUCCCAUACUUCAUCCCCACUACAACACUCCUGCCCGGACAGGUCAAUCGAAGGAGAUGGUCUGGAGAGCAGGCCCAUGAUACCUCCUCGUCAUCCCAAUCGCCCUCGCGCCAAUACUGGCCCAAACCAGGAGCCGAUCUUUGUCCCUAGGAGCGACCCCGACAAUUUCUUUAACCGCAGAAGGAGCAACAGUAGCUUUGAUAGCAAUCAUGGUGGCAGUAGUGGCAACACAUCUCCUGUCGACGGAAUCACAGGAAGAUUCUCUCUAUUAACUUCCUCGCGGCCCUCCACGGGCUAUGGCUCUUCGGUCUCUGGCCUUACCAUUAAGAAAAGGGCUUUCAUGAACUUUUCUCGCGGCCGAUCUGGCUUUCGAACUCCCCCGCCGGUUUGA